AUGAAGCGGCUUUUGAAUUGCAGGUAUUUGAACCCAUCAGGUGUCCGAUACUGCAGAUGGUCGGAUAUCACGAACCUGGUGAACCAGAAGAAGGAAUUUACGAUUGAGUGCCAACGGGUGGAAGAUUCUGCCCGGUUUGUAUUUAGCGAACAAGAGCUGGCCAAGUAUGUGUGGAAGACCUGCGUGUCCCAGCACUCGUUCUUCAAGGGCCAAACGGCGGCUCUGGGUCUCAGUGAAAAGGUCCUUGUUCUUUCUGCCAACGCGAAUGGGCCAUCUGCAGCUGCCGUUUCUCUUGACCAGGAUGAGCGUUUGAAUGCGGGCAAUAAACAUAGCCAAGCCCAGUUUUGUGAACAGAUGCAGAUGACAGGGGAUGACGCGAAUGGAGCUUCCACCAGUCUGGUUGCUUAUCCAGGCAACCCGGGCUACAUGUUUGCUCCGCCACAACAACAGAUGAGGAGAGGAAAAAUGUCUAAAGCUCAAAAGCGAACAAUUAGUUUCGGAAAAAUUUCGCUGCCUUCUUCGUCUUCGGUGACUGAGGAAGUGAAAAGUGUCGCUCCUGAUACCAUUGGUUUCGGAAGUUUCGGGGCACCUACGAAAACUGAGAAUGAUGAUGAAAUUGACUCAACUUGGAUCCAAGAAGAAGAGGACGAAGAGGAGCAGCCAGAAGAAGACAAAGCGGCUGCAGAAGAAAUUGCCAAGGUCAUGGGGUUUUCGGGUUUUGGCAAGGCAAAGACCUUUGAUGUCGAUCAGGUGUUUGAGCAGGCUAGAAAAGCUGCUCAGGGCUUGAAAAAAUUGGAACCUGGGACGAGUGGUGAGAAUCCUUUCAGUGUUUGGCUUCUAAGUGACAAGAUUCCUUGGGCUGAAGACAUCACCCUGAGGCAUGGAACUAAGGGCGUGUCUGCGAUUGCGGUGGAUAAUUCUGGAGCCAGGUUGACAACUGGUGGCUUGGAAUACGAAGUUAGACUUUUCGAUUUUGCUGGCAUGAAUGCUGCGUUUUUGCCCUUUCGAACACUGAAGCCGUGCGAAUCGCAUCCAAUCCUGAAUCUUCAGUAUUCGCACACGGGCGAUCGAAUUCUGGUGAUCUCGGGAAGUGCUCAGGCGAAGGUGCUGGACAGAGAUGGACACGAGCAACUAGAAUGCGUCAAGGGCUAUCAAUUCAUCUCAGACGUGAGCAAGACGAAAGGGCACAUUGGUGGUCUAACAACCGGUUGCUGGCAUCCGAAAAAUCGGGAUGAAUUUCUCACCGCAUCCCUCGACGGUUCCGUGAGGGUUUGGAAAGCGUCAGAUAGCAAAGAACACUUCAGACUGGCCAAGCCCAGGGCUUCAAAUGGUCUCAGAGCAGCCCCAACUGCCUUGGCUGUGGCCAGGGACGGCAACAUGUUUUGUUGCGGAUGCCAGGAUGGUUCCAUUCAGUUCUGGGACUACAGGAAGGCAUUUGUGUGUAUCAUACCUUUUUCUUUCACUAAAGGGAACGUGAACGCUACUCAUGUGGUGAGAAAUGCCCACGAGCCCAACACAGACACAUCGAGCGUCGCUUAUUCCUACGAUGGCCAGCAAAUUGCUUCCAGAGGUGGCGACGGAACUUUGAAACUCUGGGAUGUCCGAAAGCCGAAGCAAUGCGUCCACAGUGUGGAUGGGCUGUACAACAGGUUCCAAGGGACGGAUUGCGGGUUUAGUCCUGAUGACCGACUGAUUUUCACUGGGACUUCGAAAGCAAAGGGUGAAGGAGAAGCGAAGGUUGUGUUCUACGAGAGAGCUACGAUGAAGCUGUUGGCGGAACAGGCUGUGGAGGACACAGAUGUCAACAGGAUGUUGUGGCAUCCGAGAUUAAAUCAGAUCAUCAUCGGCUUCAGCAGUGGGGAAGCCAAGGUUUACUUCGACCCCAGGAAGAGCCACAAUGGCGCACUGCUGUGCAAAAAUAAGCCCAAGAAAAAGAAUCGAUCGCUGGGAGUUGUGGCAUCACAGCAAGUCAUUACGCCAUAUUCCCUGCCUUUGUUCAAAGAACCCAGACAAAGAUCGACCAGGGUUCAGAUUGAAAAGGCGCGUCAGGAUCCGAAAAAGAGCAAACAACCUGAGCCACCUCUUUCCAAGCAAGGAACUGGAGGACGAGUUGUUGCAAGUGGUGGCACACUCUCUUCUUACAUCAUUCGCAAUCUGGGACUUCAAAGCAGAAAAAUGGACAGAAUUGACAACGAGGACCCGCGAGAAGCUCUGCUUAAAUAUGCGAAAGAGUGCGAAGAAAAUCCCUACUGGGUCACUCCUGCGUAUUCCGCAACGCAACCCAAGCCUAUUUUCCAAGCGUCGUCCUCUGAAGGAGAGGUUGAAGAACCGGCGUCAAAGAAGACUAAAGUCAGCAUAUUUUAAAUGCUGACUGAAGCUUGGAUCUUUUGUUUCAGUGUUUUCUGUUUGUUUUUGGAUGAAUAAGUGAAAAUGCCACAUUUUUUUCAAGAAA